CCGCCACCGCCCCGGCCCGCCCCUCCUCCUCGCCCCGCAGAGCCGCGCCGCGCUGCGCGCUCCCGCCGCCCCUCCCCGCGCGAGCUCCACCCAGGUCGCAGGCAGCGCGGUCGGCGGCGGCUGUUUCCCGCCAUUGUGCGAAGUGAAGGCUAGGGGCCCGUACGCGCCCGCCUGCCCAUCGCCAGCAGCUCCUCGGCGGCCCCACCGCAGCCGCCGCUCCCUGAGGCGCGGGAGGCCCGCGCCCCGCCGCUCGCUGUGCGUGGGAGGGCGCGAGCGAGGAGCGGCCGAGCCGCCGAAGAGGAGCUGGGCGCCGGCCGCCCGGCCGCGCUCUGCCCGCGGAUCGCCUCAGCCCGGUCCACGCCGGCCCCGGCCCCUGACGAGAUGCCGUGUGGGGAAGAUUGGCUCAGCCACCCGCUGGGAAUCGUGCAGGGCUUCUUCGCCCAAAAUGGAGUUAAUCCUGACUGGGAGAAGAAAGUAAUUGAAUAUUUUAAGGAAAAGCUGAAGGAAAAUAAUGCUCCUAAGUGGGUACCAUCACUGAACGAAGUUCCCCUUCAUUAUUUGAAACCUAAUAGUUUUGUGAAAUUUCGUUGCAUGAUUCAGGAUAUGUUUGACCCUGAGUUUUACAUGGGAGUUUAUGAAACGGUUAACCAAAACACAAAAGCACAUGUUCUUCAUUUUGGAAAAUAUAGAGAUGUAGCAGAGUGUGGGCCUCAACAAGAACUUGAUUUAAACUCUCCACGAAAUACCACUUUAGAAAGACAGACUUUCUAUUGUGUUCCAGUGCCUGGGGAAUCUACGUGGGUAAAAGAAGCCUAUGUUAAUGCAAACCAAGCUCGAGUCAGUCCCUCAACGUCCUACACUCCCAGUCGCCACAAGAGGAGUUAUGAAGAUGAUGACGAUAUGGACCUACAGCCCAAUAAACAGAAAGACCAACAUGCAGGUGCCAGACAAGCAGGGAGCGUUGGUGGUCUUCAAUGGUGUGGAGAGCCAAAACGUUUAGAAACUGAAGCUUCUACUGGGCAACAGCUGAACUCUCUGAACUUCUCUUCUCCUUUUGAUUUGAAUUUUCCAUUGCCAGGAGAGAAGGGCCCUGCAUGCCUUGUGAAGGUUUAUGAAGAUUGGGAUUGUUUCAAAGUAAAUGACAUUCUUGAGCUAUAUGGCAUACUGUCUGUGGAUCCUGUGCUGAGUAUACUGAAUAACGAUGAAAGGGAUGCCUCUGCACUGCUGGAUCCGAUGGAGUGCACAGACACAGCAGAGGAGCAGAGAGUACACAGUCCUCCUGCUUCAUUAGUGCCAAGAAUUCAUGUGAUCUUAGCCCAGAAGUUGCAACACAUCAACCCGUUAUUGCCUGCCUGCCUUAACAAAGAGGAGAGCAAAACCUGUAAGUUUGUUUCAAGUUUCAUGUCCGAAUUGUCUCCAGUCAGAGCAGAACUUCUUGGGUUCCUCACUCAUGCCCUUCUAGGGGAUAGUUUGGCUGCUGAAUACCUUAUAUUACAUCUCAUCUCCACAGUAUAUACAAGAAGAGAUGUCCUUCCACUAGGAAAAUUUACAGUUAAUUUGAGUGGUUGCCCACGGAAUAGUACCUUCACGGAACACUUGUAUCGAAUUAUUCAACAUCUUGUUCCAGCAUCUUUUCGUCUACAGAUGACUAUAGAGAACAUGAACCAUUUGAAAUUCAUUCCCCACAAAGACUACACAGCCAAUCGCUUGGUCAGUGGGCUCCUCCAGCUGCCUAGCAAUACUUCACUUGUCAUCGAUGAGACUCUCCUGGAACAGGGGCAGCUGGACACCCCAGGUGUUCAUAAUGUGACUGCCCUGAGCAACCUCAUAACGUGGCAGAAGGUGGAUUAUGACUUCAGCUACCAUCAGAUGGAAUUCCCCUGCAAUAUCAACGUUCUCAUUACUUCGGAGGGGAGGUCGCUCCUCCCGGCAGACUGCCAGAUUCACUUACAGCCCCAGCUAAUUCCACCAAACAUGGAAGAGUACAUGAACAGCCUUCUCUCAGCAGUGCUGCCUUCCGUGCUGAACAAAUUCCGCAUUUAUCUAACCCUUUUGAGAUUCUUGGAAUAUAGCAUAUCUGAUGAAAUAACCAAGGCAGUUGAAGAUGACUUUGUGGAAAUGCGGAAGAAUGACCCUCAGAGCAUCACUGCUGAUGAUCUUCACCAGCUGCUUGUGGUGGCUCGGUGUCUGUCUCUCAGUGCUGGUCAGACAACGCUGUCAAGAGAACGAUGGCUGAGAGCAAAGCAGCUAGAGUCUUUAAGAAGAACGAGGCUUCAGCAGCAGAAAUGUGUGAAUGGAAAUGAACUUUAAAGAUCUGAUGCCUAUGAAGAGUAAUGGGCAAAUUGUAGCCACAUGAUUGUAAAAUUCAGAUGUUCAUUUAUACCACAUUGUUUUAUAGGUAAUUUCUAUCACAAACCAAUGACAUUUCCUGAAAUCAAGCCUGGUAACAUCUGAUGUUUAUAUGAUACUCAGUAAGGACUUUUACCUUACUGAUUUCAUGGAGCUUUUGAAGUUUGUUUUAUAAUUAUAUAAAUUAGUAAUGAUGUAAAAAAAAAGUAUUUGAUAUUAAAAGUUUAAUAUUGAUAAUGUU